AUGGAGGCGACUGGUCUGAGCGUAGGGAAGUCUGUGCUGAAUGGAGCGCUCGGCUACGCCAAAUCCGCGCUGGCGGAGGAGGUGGCGUUGCAGCUCGGAGUCCGCCGCGACCAGGCGUUCAUUACUGAUGAGCUGGAGAUGAUGCAGGGUUUCCUCAUGACUGCACACGAGGAGCGAGACGACAACAUGGUGGUCAAGAUCUGGGUGAAGCAAGUCCGCGACGUUGCCUAUAACGUCGAGGACUGCCUCCAGGAUUUCGCCGUUCGUCUAGACAAGCAGUCUUGGUGGCGCCUCCCUCUGACGCUGCUAGACCGCCGGCGCGUCGCCAAGGAGAUGAAGGAGCUUCGGGCCAAAGUCGAAGAUGUCAGCCAGAGGAACGUGCGCUACAAUCUCAUCAAUACCACGGGCUCCAGGCCCGCUGCCCCUGGUAGGCAGCCCAGCAUCGCAGGUACAACAAUGCUUGGCAUUCAGGACGCAACGAAGCAGGAAAAAUCAAAGGUGGAUCUUGUCCAGCUGAUAAACAAGAAGGGCACCGACCUAAGGGUGAUCACAGUGGGCGGAAAAGGUGCUGAUCUUGGGCAGACACCGAUCAUAUGGGCAGCUUACGAGGAUCCAGAGAUCAAAAACAAUUUUCCGUGCCGAGCAUGGGUGAGGUUGAUGCAUCCUUUCAGUCCAGAAGACUUCGUUCAAAGUUUAGUGGAGCAGUUUCACACAUCAGUAGGGGUUGACAUUCUGCUGGAAACGAAAAAGAUGGGGCAAGAGUUAGCUGAGGAAUUCAAUGGAUAUGUCAAUGCCAAGAAGUUCCUGAUUGUGCUUAAUGACUUAUCAACCAUUGAAGAGUGGAAUCGGAUUAAGAGGUGCUUCCCAAACAAUAAGAAAGGGAGCCUGAUAAUAGUGUCCACAAGGCAAGUUGAAGUUGCAAGCUUAUGUGCAGGACAAGAAAGCAUAGUAUCUGAGCUCAAGCAAUCGUCUAUUGAUCAGAAUAUUUAUGCUUUCUAUGAGAAGGGUUCUCAAGAUGGAACAGAUUUAACGAUGGUUGCCGGGCCUAGCUCAAAAAGUGCAGUCACCAAUGGUACAGACCAAUCUCAGGGUGCUGAUUGGAAUCAUGCGAUGAGAAAGAGCUUCAGUUGCGCUAUGUCCAUGACAACUGCUCUAGAGGAAUCACAUCUUGUUGGUCGAGACAAAGAAAUGAAAAAGAUCAGAGAUCUUAUUUUUGCUGAAGCUGGUGAACAACUUGAGGUGAUCUCUGUGUGGGGAAUGGGUGGUCUUGGGAAAACCACACUGGUCGGAGAUGUCUAUCAGCAGAUCAAUUGCAAGUUUGAUAAGCAUGCUUGUGUCACAAUCAUGCGACCUUUCAUUCUUGAGGAGCUCUUUGGGAGCUUAUUUAUGCAACUAGAUGCAGAAUCUUCUGAAAAGAAGGAUGUGGUGGGUUUGUUGGGCAAUGCAAAGAAAGCAUCACCACCGAUGUCUCUUGCAGAGUUGGUUAAUGAGUUGGCCAAGCUUAUAGAAAAAAAGAGGUCCUUGAUUGUUCUUGAUGAUGUGUCAUCUACUGCAGAAUGGGACCUGAUAGUGCGAAAAUUCCCUAAAAUGACAAACGGAAGCCGGAUCAUAGUCACUACAAGGGAAGAGAAUAUUGCUAACCUUUGUUCAGUGAAAAAGGAAAACAUAUAUAAGCUUGAAGCUCUGAAAGACAGUGAUGCGCGUGUCCUCUUCACGAAAAAGGUAUUUAAAGAGACUGCAUAUCUGGAUGAAAAGCAUCCUGAGCUGAUUGAACAAGCAGAACUGAUCCUUAAGAAGUGCAGUGGACUUCCUCUUGCAAUAGUCACUAUAGGUGGGUUCUUGGCAAACCAACCACAAACAGUGGUGGAGUGGAGGAGAUUGAAUGAGCAUAUUAGUGCUGAGUUGGAGAUAAAUCCAAAGCUUGGGACCAUAUUAGCUGUGCUUACUAAAAGUUAUGAUGGUUUACCUUAUCACCUGAAAUCUUGUUUCUUGUAUCUCCCCAUCUUUCCCGAAGACUACAAGGUUAGUCGGCGGCGUUUGGUGCGGAGGUGGACGGCAGAGGGUUACUCAAGGGAGGUACGUGGUAAGUCUGCAGAGGGAAUAGCAGACAAUUACUUCAUGGAACUUAUAAGUAGGAGCAUGAUCUUGCCAUACCAACAAUCAAUUCGCAGUAGAAAAGGAAUUGACGCUUGCCAUGUCCAUGAUCUCAUGCGUGAAAUUGGCAUUUCCAAGUCAAUGGAAGAAAAUCUAGUGUUUAGGCUGGAGGAAGGUUGUAGCCUGAACACCCAGCACGUUGUGCGUCACCUUGCAAUAAGCAGCAAUUGGGAGGGAAAUCAGAGUGAUCUGGAGAGCAUAAUAGAUAUGUCUCGUGUACGGUCAAUAACAGUUUUUGGAAAGUGGAAGUCAUUUUACAUUUCUGAUAAGAUAAGGCUGCUCCGAGUGCUGGACUUGGAAGGUACCUCAGGUGUAUUUGAUCAUCACCUUGAGGACAUUGUCAAGCUUUUUCACCUAAAAUACCUUUCUUUAAGAGGAUGCACUCCUAUUUGUCACCUGCCAGAUUCUCUAGGCAACCUAAAACAACUUGAGACACUAGACUUGAGAGGUACACAGAUAGUCAAGCUACCACAUAGCAUCAGAAAACUUCGGAAGCUAAACUAUCUUCGUGCUGGUAAGGAACCCAUGGACGAGGACAUCUCGUAUGAACAAGUUGUAGAAGACUUGCCAGCGGUGAUGAGGAACAGUGCAUGCCUUUUGACUGCCUCGUCGAUGGUACUUUGUGCACGUUGUUUUGCAGGCUCAGAUUUUAACGGUUAUAACCACCGUGACUUGUGCAGUGCCUUCUGUUGUGUGGCACUCCCUGUUGUUGCGAUGAAGCUGGACGCACAUGGUGUGGUAGUGCCAAGAGGGGUGAGAAAACUGAAAGCCCUACACACACUAGGUGUUGUGAACAUCUCACGGGGGAGGAUCAUUCUUCAGAACAUAAGAAGACUCAGUGGGCUGCGGAAGCUAGGAGUGACUGGCAUCAACAAGAGAAACAGUCUGGAGUUACAAUCAACAGUUUCUCAACUCAGUCGCCUGGAAUCCUUGUCGAUGCGCUCAGAAGGGAUGCCUGGAUUAUCUGGCUGCUUGGAUGACAUGCCCACUCCUCCAGAAAACCUGCAGAGCCUUAAACUGUAUGGCAAUUUGGUCAUAUUGCCUGCAUGGAUCCAGACACUCGGAAAUCUUGUGAAGCUGAAGCUACGCAACUCUAGGAUAUUGGACCACAGAACAGCCAUACAAGUCCUCGGGGAGCUGCCGAUGCUAGCCAUCCUGUGUCUAUGGACGAAGUCGUUCGAAGGAGAGGUCCAUUUCAGUUUCGAUCAACGGGCAUUUCCGAGCCUGGUGGUGCUGCACCUGGAUCACCUAGAUGGCCUCAAAUCGCUGGAUUUUUCACUGCGAGGGACACCUAAGCUUGAGGUAUUGCAGCUUUCUGAGACCUAUAUCCAGGAACGUUGUAGCGGGCUUCAACACCUCCCAAUGCUCAAGGAAGUUGUGCUCAAGGGAGACUACCCAUGCGUCGAGAAAUUGCGUGCCGACCUUGCCAAGUUCCCCAAUCGACCCGUUGUCAAGUUGAACUGA